AUGGCAUCAACGAACGAUGCUCAAAAUAUUUGCCAAAAAAAUAAUAUUGACAAUAUAUCUGAUGCAAAAGUUAUCCAUUCACCAUCAAUACCGGUUUCUUCAUCACCACCACCACAAAUAAACAGUGAUGUUGAGCGUACCCCAUGGACGAAGAGGCUAUCGAAAACGAUUCAUCGACAUAGUGGUUCAUUCCUGCAUACAUUAGUACCAUUUCGUAAGAAUAACGAUUGUCCAUCUGAUAAAACAAUAUCGCCAAAUCUUACACCACGACAAAAAAGACGUGCAAGCGCUGCUCCAGCAAUCUUUCUAGCCACUGUUAAAGAGGACAACUCGUUCAAAAAAGCAAUUUUAUCAGUUGAAGCUCAACGUCGAUCUAGCGCUAUCGAUCGUUCCUCAGUUAUCAAUCAGUUAUUAACCUCUUCAUUAAACAUAGUACCAUGGUCACAUGGUCAUAUCUAUCCUUGA